AUGAGUUCGCUGAAAGCCAUCGAUAAGAGAGUCGCUAAACGUAGACAAGUGUACAAAGCGGUAUUAUCAAAUCCAUUUGUUAAUGAGGAACAGUUAUGGCCACAUGUAAAAGAUCAACAAUUAGUACAAGAAUUAUUACAAAAACAUGUGUUAAAUAAAUUGCAACACUUACGAGAAAUGAAUAUACCGAAGCAAGAAUGGCCAUUUGACUCAAUUACAGACUUUAAUGAAGUAUAUUCAUAUUUAUCACAAAAGGAUUCCAACGAAGAAGUCCUAUUGUUUGUUUGUAAUAAAGAUCCAGAUGUGCCAUCAGUAAUGUUACAACAAAUUCCAUUAAUGUCAUAUAUAUCAUCAAUUAAAGUCACAUUAAUACAAUUACCUAAGGGAUCUCUAGCAAUGAUACAAAAAUUUAUUGAUUUGCCGUAUGGGUUGUUAUUGUUACCCACAAAACAUUUAGAUCCAAUUUUUUUACAACAGAUUCAUGAACAAGUACUGAAACAAGAUCUUCCUUGGUUAGCUCCAUUAAAAUAUAAAUCCACAGAUAUUAAACUAGUUAAAUCAUCAGCUCCCUUAAAAUAA